UUUCCUUUUUCUCCACUUCCUCGUCUCCACUUUCGACGCCUGAACACCAAACUGAUGCCUUCAGAAGUUAUCCACACUGAGGUUUAAAGAUUUAAAGCUCAUUUUAGGACGUGAAAUCAAUCAACGGGAGAAGAGGUGCGUUAUGCGUAAUGAUGGAAUACUAACCGAUAUCAUAUUACUUGUAAAAAAAACAAAAUAAUAUGUCCAACUAUCUUUUAAACAGACAGAAUAUACAAUGCUGUCACUGUAAUAUUGUCACCAAUUUGUUCUCACUCGGGGAAAACAAUUUGGGGCUUUUAUUUUGGUGAAAUUGGCCUAUUGUUGGCUUCCUCCUGUGAUCGGCCCCGAGGCAAAACUUCCCCAAAUGUUUCCAUCUGUUCGGCUCUCCGUUAUCUUCAUCUGAAGCAGCCUGUUGGAAGCUUCAUUAAAGCGGCUCAGCCCUUAAUGAGGUCACUUACAUGAGGAAAGGACACAGCGAGAGUAUUUGAAGCGUCUCCUUUCCUUGAGCAUAACAGCAGCCACGAGGAGCGCUUGAUGGUUCCUCAAUGGACUCUCUGGUUCCGGACUCUCUGGUUCCUCAACGGACUCUCUGGUUCCUCAAUGGACUCUCUGGUUCCUCAAUGGACUCUCUGGUUCCAGACUCUCUGGUUCCUCAAUGGACUCUCUGGUUCUUCAACGGACUCUCUGGUUCCUCAAUGGACUCUCUGGUUCCUCAACGGACUCUCUGGUUCCUCAACGGACUCUCUGGUUCCUCAAUGGACUCUCUGGUUCCAGACUCUCUGGUUCCUCAAUGGACUCUCUGGUUCUUCAACGGACUCUCUGGUUCCUCAACAGACUCUCUGGUUCCUCAACGGACUCUCUGGUUCCUCAAUGGACUCUCUGGUUCCUCAACGGACUCUCUGGUUCCUCAACGGACUCUCUGGUUCCUCAAUGGACUCUCUGGUUCCGGACUCUCUGGUUCCUCAACGGACUCUCUGGUUCCUCAAUGGACUCUCUGGUUCCUCAACGGACUCUCUGGUUCCUCAACGGACUCUCUGGUUCCUCAAUGGACUCUCUGGUUCCUCAACAGACUCUCUGGUUCCUCAACAGACUCUCUGGUUCCUCAAUGGACUCUCUGGUUCCUCAACAGACUCUCUGGUUCCUCAACGGACUCUCUGGUUCAGAAGCAUUUGAAAACGCUUUUUUUUUUUCUUUCUUCAAAUAAUUUCUUUGCCGCUAAGCAGACAGGACUUUCAGUGCCCGUUGGGCAUUUUAAAAAAUAAAAUAAUUGACUGUA